AUGGCAUCGUGUCGUCCAUCGGAACAGUCAUCGCAAGCAUCGGCGCCACAGACCUCAUCGCCGCCAUCGCCGCCAACCACUCACUCGUCGGGCGUGUCGUCCAUCACUUCCAGCGCCAGCGCCGACGUGCGACUGGGCUCUAGUCGACUGUCUUCAUCACACGUGCACUCGUCCUCCUCUUCUACCUCUUCGUCGUCGUCGUCCGUUUCGUUCGCAUUCGGAGGCCAUCAGUGGUCGCGACAGUCGAGUGUCGACGAAGGGGUCUUCCAUUCGACCUGCAAUUCGCCGGCGAAGUCCAUACCCAGCAGUCCUAUGGGACCCAAAUUCAAGCUCAUCCACGAGGGAGACAUCCACUUGUGUCGCCUCAACCAUCAGAGAACAGUUAUCAGCAAAAUAUUGAGCUCUAAAUUCUUGAGACGUUGGGAAUCGCAUCGACUUUACUUGACUGCAGUUAAUAUCACAUCAAAGACGGUAUGUAUUCAUUAA